AUGUCUGUUGCUCAAGACGCUCUCUCGCCGAAUGGUAACGAUCUGCCGUCGCUAUCCAUGGGCGAUCUGAAGCUCGAUGAGAACGAGCCUCGCUUAGGCCCGGAUGGCGAGCCCGCACCUAAGACUGACGAGGAAUAUGCUGUAGCACAACUAACGCUUCGCGCCAUCGUCUCCUCCAAAGAAGCUGGAGUCAUAAUCGGUAAGGGAGGUAAGAAUGUCGCCGACCUGCGGGAUGAAACCGGGGUCAAGGCCGGCGUGAGCAAGGUUGUGCAAGGCGUGCAUGACCGUGUUCUGACCAUUUCGGGUGGCUGCGAUUCCAUUUCCAGAGCAUACUCCAUCGUCGCUCGCGCGUUGUUGGAAGGCGCUCCCUCGGUGGGAAUGGGAGGUGUUAUACAGAGCAGCGGAACACAUCGUGAGCGUCCCCCGAUCACUUACUAUUCGCAGCGCGCCACUAAUGUACAACCCGACCGUCAAGAAAUCAAGUUACUCAUCUCCCACAAUCAGAUGGGUACCAUCAUUGGCAGAGCAGGUCUAAAGAUCAAGCACAUCCAAGACGUCUCCAGCGUGCGCAUGGUCGCGCAGAAGGAAAUGCUACCGCAAUCGACCGAGAGAAUCGUCGAGUUGCAGGGAACACCCGACGGCAUUCAGCGAGCUGUCUGGGAAAUCUGCAAGUGCUUAGUCGAUGACUGGCAGCGUGGCACCGGUACUGUACUCUACAAUCCUGUCGUUCGAACCGCGCCCGGCGGUGCGGGGUCCCUUGGUGGUGCUUCCAACACUGGCGGGGUAGCGUACAACAACUCGUCCAGUAGAGGCGAUUACGGCGGCACUCGUGUGAUGCGAACUGGAAACGGUGCCGACUUUAGCAAUGGGGGCGUGCGUCCAUACAAUCGGCGAUCAGACUCUGAUGCGGCCACCCGUGGACCGCCAACGCACGAUGAGAAUGGAGAAGAGAUCCAGACUCAGAACAUUAGCAUCCCCGCAGAUAUGGUUGGAUGCAUCAUUGGACGUGCCGGAAGCAAGAUUAGCGAGAUCCGCAAGACUUCUGGCGCCCGCAUUUCUAUUGCCAAGGCACCUCACGACGAAACUGGCGAGCGAAUGUUCACCAUAAUGGGAACUGCGAAAGCCAACGAAUCUGCGCUGUUCCUUCUCUACGAGAAUCUCGAGGCAGAGAAGAUGCGCCGUAGCCAAUCGCAACCCGCCGAGUAA